GAGCCAGCCACAGAGGCCCAUGUGAUUUCUCAGGAUUGCAGCUGGGCCAGGACGUCAGCAUGGGCUGCUGAGGAGAAUGCAGAGUCCUGCGCAGCAGAGCCCAGAGGAACUGUGGCCUGCAGGGAAGGUGCCAGAUGUUUUGUUUCUUUCAAGCCCUGGUUGCAAUUCCCAGCCAAUGGGAACUGCGGGGGAAGAGUCUGCAGGCAAGGGAACCUCACACAUAGAGCUUCCCAGCACUUGUAGUUCCAACCUGGAGGAGAUGCUGCAGCGCAUGGAGCCGUGAGUGUAUUGGGAUGGAGGAUGCUGUGGUGGGCCUGGCUCUGGCUUUGUUUAUUUGUUUGUUUGCUACAGAACUUCACUCAAAAAUAAAACAGUACAAAACUUUAGCACCUACAAGUCCACUCAGUCCUACUUCUUGUUCUGCCAGUUGCUCAGACAAACAUAUUUACUUACAUUUGUGCUAGUUACUGUUGCCUACUUCUUCUUUUCAAUGUCACCUGAAAGUGAGACCAGGUGUUCGCAUGGCACUUUCCUAGCCAGCAUUGCAAGGCGCCAGUGUCGUUUGAAGACGUUGCCGUCAGGUUCUCGGCGGAGGAGUGGGCGAUCCUGCAGCGAUGGCAGAAGGAGCUUCAUAAGGAAGUGAUGGAGGAGAAUUCCCAGCUGCUGAUCUCGCUUGGGCAGCCAGUUCCCACGCUGGUUCUCCCGCCCCUGACUGAGGAGUGGGAGGCUCCUGGCCACCGGAUCUGCCGUGUCUCCGGAGAGGGAGCGUGCGCCAGCGAGGGCGGCAGUGCGGACGGGGAAGAACUGGCCUGUCCAGAUGGUGACCCAGAAAGGGUCAGGCUCUGGGACUCAGAGCAGACUGAAGAGGAUGGCUACCCCACCGGGGAUGGGGAAGAGGCGCAACAGGGCAGCCUGCACCUCAGCGCGCUGAUGAAGCUGGUGAAGGAAAUCCCGGAAUUUCUCUUCGGGAAUUCAAACGCCGGCGCGGAGCCAGCUGAGGCUGCCGAAGGCGAAGCUGAGCCGGGCUCCGAGAGGGCAGAUGCUGCGGACGUAACCCCAGAGGCCCCACCCGCCCUUGGCCUGCAGAGCCGUUUAGCAGCCGCCUCAGUCAGUAGCCGUGGCCGUCCCGACUCCACGGGCAGCAGCGUGACCGCCAGCAGCACAGAUGGGUCUGCGUGUAGGAGCCCGCCUGCAGACGAAGUGGCCCCAGAAAACAGCCCCCUCCGAGGUCUGCUGAGCUGCCUGAAGGAAAUCCCCAUCAUCAGAGCCCGACACCCUGGCACACAGAGCCCCAGCACGCAAGGAAGCACAGAACCCAGGAACCAGGAGGCGGAGGUGAAGGAGGUCACUAUGGAGAACCCCCCCACCCCAGGGCUGACGGACCUCACCGGGGGGUCCAGUUCUCCAAGCACCCCCACCAGCAGCUGGUCCACCGGCAGCGCCCGAGGGGAUGUGGAAGACUUGAGGGUGGAGCUGGGGCUUUGGCGAUGUUCUCGUGAAGACAGGAGGGCAGAGACUAGCCCCCUGCAAGGCCUAUUCAACUGUCUGAAGGAAAUAAUGGUUCAGAAGGCCCCUCAUCCCCACCCUGCACCCUGCGAGUCACCCAAAGGCAGCAGGCCAGGAGACGCAGGGCAGAGAAGGCCUGAGAGUGAGGCCAGGAGCUCAGCUGUUGGAGGCUGGUGA